AUGAACACAUCGGCUCAGGCUCUCUGCAGCCGGCGUUAUUCAGCACUCUCCGCCCCAAGGCUUCGGGUCCCUGGGUCCACAGGGCUUCUCUGUGAUGCAAGCGCCGUGCUCUCCCCAAGGCCAGUGAUGCCCGACCUCCCCGCCCUUCCAGCACAACGGAGAACCACGGCAGGCUCCUCAGAGGAAGCCUUGGCAAAGCCAGUGCCUUCUCAGGGCGCCCCAGAAACUAGGUCUGGGCCGGCGCGGCGGGAGCACGAGCCCCACUUUCUCUGGGCAGGAAGGGGGGAGGCCGAGAGCAUUUCCUGUUGUGCAGCUGAAGCCGGCGGAGACGUCACGGCAUUCACCCUCCCUCGCUUGGCAGCGACCCGGGGCCCCGAGUUCAGCAGCUCCCCGGGCGAAUGGCCCGGGGCUCCCCGGCGCUGGAAGGACCCCCGGCUCCGGGCGGGGCGGAGGGGGGGUCGCCCCGAGGAUCCGCUCUUCCGCCUGCCCGGGCCAGCCUGGCCGGGCCCGGCCGCUCCUCCUCCGGCUUCUUCCCCGGGGUGA